UAAGCGUGUGCGUACCCGGUGGGUGGAGCUAAAGGGGGUGUGAAAGAAAUGACCACAAAUGUCCAAUUUCGGCAGUUUGCAUGACGUUUGUUGUAGCUAUGAAAUUCUCGCGUGGCUAAUGUUCGGGGAAUAUAUUCCGAUUUGAUUUAUAGUCCAUCCGCGUUUGGCAAGGAAGCUCGCAACGGCUCAGUGUUGGCAAUUUAUCAUCUUUCUCUUCUUUGAACUUUUCCACUUUCUCUAGCUAAAUUAGGUUGUUAAUAUAUGUAGCAAACAUCUCUUUCUUUUCGCUUAAUAAUGCAGGUAUGCAUUUAACUGGCUAUAUCGUUUUGUAGUAUGCAUGAAAAUGCAUCUUACUGACCAUGUUUUGGUUUGAUUGUCAGCUAGCUAACAUGAUGCAUGUUAUUUAGCUAGCCUAGCAGAAGCAGGGAUUUGACUGCGUACCCUGUCCUGUCAGCUAGCUAGUUGUCUUUCUAGUGCGCUUGGCAUUCCAUAGUACACAUUGGAAAAAAUAGCACCAACAUGUAUGCAAGUCGCAAGAGGAAAAAGCCCCAGAGAAGGCUACAUAACAAGACCGAGGAAUAUCAUCAUAUGAGACAUUGAUGGCAGACAUUCUCCUCCUCGUAGUGUGAAGCCACCUCCAGAAGGAGCUAAAUCAAACCCUUCCAAGAGGCACCGGGAACGCCUGAAUGGGGAGUUGGACAGGCUGGCCAGUCUGCUUCCUUACCCCCAGGAUGUCAUCUCCAAGCUGGACAAACUGACCAUCCUCAGGCUUUGUGUCAGCUACCUGCGUGCCAAGAGCUUCUUCAAUGUGACCCUACAAUCCACAGCCUCCCAGCGCCCAGAGAGUAAUGUUCUGAAGAAGAAAGAACUUCACGUUCCAGAGGGAGAGCUCUUACUACAGGUGUUGAAUGGCUUUGUUCUGGUCGUCACGGCUGGUGGCACAAUCUUCUAUGCAUCCUCCACCAUCCAGGACUACCUGGGCUUUCACCAGUCAGACGUCGUCCAUCAGAGUGUUUAUGACGUCAUUCAUAUGGAGGACCGAGCAGAGUUACAGAGACAGCUCCACUGGGCCCUGAACACCCCUGACACCGGACAGCUGGUCUCAGAUUCAGCCUCGCCACAGGCUGUCACAGCCUACAAGCCAGAGGCACUCCCACCAGAGAAUUCCACCUUCCUGGAACGCAACUUUGUCUGCAGGUUAAGAUGUCUCCUGGACAACUCCACUGGCUUCCUAGCCCUGAACAUCCAGGGGCGUCUAAAGUUCCUCCAUGGCCAGAGCGAUAGGACAAAGGAGGGCAAGGCCAUCCCGCCUCAGCUGGCUCUGUUCGCCCUGGCCUCUCCCUUACAGCCCCCCACCAUCCUGGAGAUCCGCACCAAGAACUUCAUCUUCAAGACCAAGCACAAGCUGGACUUCACCCCCAUUGCCUGCGACGCCAAAGGGAAGAUGGUGCUGGGUUACACUGAGGCUGAGCUGUGCAACCAUGGCUCAGGAUACCAGUUCAUCCAUGCUGCUGACAUGCUGCACUGUGCUGAGAACCACAUGAGGAUGAUAAAGACCGGAGAGAGUGGGAUGACAGUAUUCAGGCUGCUGACCAAGCUGACAGGCUGGGUGUGGGUGCAGGGUAACGCCAGACUGGUCUACAAGAACGGACGGCCUCAGUGUAUCAUCACAUCCCAAAGAGUCCUCACUGAUGAAGAGGGAGAGGACAACCUAAGGAAGCGGAGCCUCCAGCUGCCUUUCAGUUACACCACUGGGGAGGCUCUUCUCUACAACACCAGCUUCCCCAAGACUCUGCUAACAGGGGACUCCUUAGCAGGCGACACCACCAGCCCUGCAGGAAAUAUCACCAACAACAACCAGGAUGGAACCCUGGACCCUGACUCACUGCUGGGCUCUCUGCUGAAACAGGACAAGUCCAUCUACUGCUGCUCCCCUCACACUCAGAAUGAGCUCCAACUCCCUCUCCAACUCCAGGAGGAGGUGGCAGGGGUUCCACAGGAGGAGGUGGCAGGGGUUCCACAGGGGGAUUGUGGGGGCAUCUUCUCCAGCAGCUGGCAGGAGGGCAGCAUCCUCUCUCUGUCGGAGAGUGUCCUCUUCAAGCAGGAGCCGUUGGGGGUUGGUGGUGGCGGGGGGAUCGACGGCUUCUCAUCGGAGGACAGAGACAGGGAUUUGUGGAGCUUCAUGAUGAACCUGGGCAUCAGUAGGGAGGAUCUGGAGCUGUUCCAGCAGGAUGAGAUGUUCCUUGAUGUGGAUCUGGACACUGGCCGAGACGACCUCCUUCCUGACCUGACAGACGAGAUUCUCUCCUACGUACAGGAGUCUUUGAGGAAGAGGUCGGACUGGGGUCAGACUGUAUUCUCUUGCAGGGGGGCUAAGUUAGGGGAACAGGACUAUAGCUGCCCUACCACGCUGUUACACCAACCAUCUAUGGAACAAUCACAAACCCCACAUCUACAUUCUACUACAGUUCCGUUACACCAACCAUCAACCUCACGACCACAUUCUUCUACAGUGCCUCAGUGUCAGUCACAGAUACAGCCACCACAGCUGCCUGUAGUCCAUCCCCUAUCAGUUCACCACUAUCGGCCUCCUCCCCACUACCCACAGCAGCCAAUACCGCGGCAGUGUUUACACACACAGCCCCACCCACAGGCAACACAGCAGCAGCAACAGAGCCAUCUAAAUGGACAGGUAUUGCCAAACCAACAGCAGCAGCAGCAGCUGUGUAACAGACUGAAGCACAUGCAGGUGACUGGGACGGGUUCAAUAACACAAAGACAGAAUGACAUCACCAAGCAGCAGCAGAUUCCUCCAUUGUUCAAUGUGGAGCAGCCAGGGGGGCUCCAGACUCACCACGGCCACCCCCAGCAUGGGCACCUCUGCCUGGGGGAAGCUUCCCUGGGCCUCCCCUACAGGAACCAGCUGAACACUUUGUCUGUUAGCCACUCUUCAGUGCUCUCCUCCUAUGUACCCACCACGGGCCUCCAGAGCCAGGGGGUGGACGGAGACCUCAUGCCCCAGAAUUUUGAGGAGUUGCUGGGCAGCCUGGAGUCCAGUGGUCCCCGAGGGACAGAGGAUGGUAGGGGAGCGCUCCAGUGGAGUGUGGUGGAGGCCCUGGGUGUGUUCCAGCAGCAGAGGCACCUCCCUGACGGCCUGGCUCAGUCUCAGGCCACCAGCCAGGGCUGCGCUCAGCAUGCCUAUCCCCUGGCUAUGGGGCUCAGCCAGGUCAAUAGAGCAGAGUGGCCAUUCACCACACAGGUAAGAAAGGUGACACUAACCUGGGUAGUGUUCAUUAGGCGUCAAACAGGUAAAGGGGGUCCUACCUGAACUUGUCUAAUAAAAAUGCUAAUAAAUACGAAAUUGUGCCCCAAGGAACAAGAUCAAAUUUAUUUAUAAAGUCCUUUUUUACAUCAGCAGAUGUCACAAAGUGCUUAUUCAGAAACUCAGCCUUAAACCACAGACAGCAAGCAAUGCAGAUGUAGCAGCACCGGGACUAGGGCCCUGAACUAAUUAUGUAAAAUGUUAGACCUAUGCGCUUUACUUCCUCUAGCUAUAUGCUCAUCAUAUGAACGUUGAAUACCAAUGCCACAUACUUACUCACGCAUCAGAUUUACCAAGGGAAUGAGACUUUAGAAACAGAAGGUCAUUAUCAUUUGAUCAUUGAAAGCCAGUGGGUAUUUACACAUCAAGGCAAUUUAGACCAGAAAAGGGAGGCUUAGCUAAGUCGGCCAUUUUC